AAAAGGCUGGGGCUCCGGACAGGCGGGGGCGGAGAAAGAAGAGAAGGAGCUGUAGCUUUUAGGACUUUCAGUGAAAAAGUAGUAUUUUUGCUGUGUGGACAUCUGAGUGAAAAAAGAAGGCGACACCGAGAAGAGAGAGACAAGACAAGGAUUGAAGAACAAAAGUGGGACAGCAGCUGGCCGGGACAUAAGCAGGAAGAGAGAAAGGAAAGAAGAGCACUAGACGAGUAGAUGACUUGUCUGAACAGGAGAGCAAAAAAAAAACCCCAAGAAAACUGAGUGAAGAGGUUGGUAGAGAAACUCAGCAGAAACUCCUGCUCAACGUGAACGACGUCAUAACCCCGCCCACUCGGCAAAAACCGUCAGAAAAGUUACCUGCAAGCUUCCUCCACACAUCCUCUCACCCCGACUUCACCGGACGCUUCACCGGGGGGGAAAGUCCGCCUAAAGUCGGGGUGAACAGAUUCUGCCCUUAUCCCCUUGACACAUGCACCCCAUCCGGACAAUGUAAGGAAACUUUGAGGACUUCCGUUAUGUGUGAAAGGUGCUUCUUGAGCUGAAGUCGACACACUGACAGACAGACACAGACAGACAGAGUUAGCGGAGGAAGAGGAGAAGGUGUGUGGUGUGGUGUGGUGGGUGGGGGCUAAAAAAGCAAACUUAUGAAAGCCCACGAGGAAAACUUUUGACACAAAAGAAAAGGAGGGAGGAAACCAGAGAAAGACAAAGUCAAGGUGACAGAGGGCAGAUAACGGCUGGGUUCGAGACGGGAGGUGAAGGAGGGCUGGCGAGGUGACGUUAGACCGGAGGGGAGAGAGAGGUAUGAGGGGACAGCUCAAGUCACUCUUCUCUCUGGUGAUAACGCUCCUGUGUUUGGGGAGCCUGCUGACCUCUGCCGUCUGGUACUUACUCGACAACAAUGUGGACCAGCGCUUACCAGCCCCUCAGAAGAAAAGCGCCCCCAAGACCUCUGACCUCUGCAAAGGCUGCAAGAAUAUCAUCAAAAAAGUAAUGCAGGGUUACUCUCAACCCUGGACGAAGCAGGAGGACAAAUGUAAAAAAUUCAGAUCUCAGCUGAACAGCAACUGCAAUGGUUUUGACAAAGCCAUCAUUACCCAGGCCAACACUCCGGUGUUAUCCAAUCUCGUUUAUGAUGGGGAAAAGAAGAGGAGCCUCCAGGUGUCUCUGGAGGUUUUCAACACCUUUACAAAGGAGCAUCCUUUCUCAAAUAAAACAUGGGACACGUGUGCUGUUGUCGGGAACGGAGGAAUCCUGACUGACAGCAGCUGUGGAGAGAGAAUUGAUUCAGCUCAGUUUGUCAUGAGGUGCAACCUUCCUCCUUUGGGAAAUGGUUAUGAGAAGCAUGUCGGUGUCAAAACGGACCUCGUGACAGCGAACCCAAGCAUCCUCAUGGAGAAGUAUGGGUCUCUGAUGAAGCGUCGUCGUCCGUUUGUGGAAAGUCUGCAUAUUUACGGCAACUCCCUGCUACUCCUUCCCACCUUCUCCUUUCGCCAAAACACUGCUGUAUGUCUGCGGGCCACCUACAGUAUUGAGGACUUUGGAAGCCCCAUGAGGCCCGUCUACUUUAACCCUGAGUACCUCCAAAGACUGACUGCCUUCUGGCGCGCACAAGGCUUGCGAUCAGUGCGGCUGAGCACCGGGCUAAUUAUGGCUAGCAUAGCUUUGGAGGUCUGCGAAAAUGUGCAUCUGUAUGGGUUCUGGCCCUUCAGUAGUCACCCCUAUGGAUUCUACAACAUAAUGCACCACUAUUAUGAUAACAGAGAAAGUAAAAAAAGAAUCCACUCCAUGCCAGCUGAGUUUGAGCUCUUGUUGCGGUUGCACAGUGAGGGGGUUCUCAAGCUUCAUCUGGGAGAUUGUCAACAAGGAAAAAAGUAGACUAAUGGACUGCUGACGGAACAGAAGCAAAGUGCCUUCUUUGUACCAUCAGGGUAAAGUAAAUCACUCGUGCAGUCUUUCAUAUUAUUUUAAAUUAAUGGACACAAUGAUUGGCUGGUGAUGCCAAGUUAGCUGAACAGCAACUGAAACAUUUGGACUGAUGCAGAAAAUCCAAGACUGAAGAAACGCUGGAUCUAAAACGGACUGCAUUUAUUACCAUGUGUGUUUCCGCUCCAAAGGAACUCCUUUGUGAUGCCCAGGUCUACAGUGUAGUGCCUUAUAUUAACCUGUUAAUGAUGGAAAGUCAUAUAACCAACCACAGAAGCUUUUAAAGAAGCCAUAUUAGGCCCUUUUUGGGGUUCAAAUAUUUAAUCUAUGUACCUACUAAAGUACGUUCACAAUA